GCCUCCUCUUGACCUUUCACCCCGUUCCGUACCAACAGUCCCCUUCAGCUGCGGGCCGUUUACCCGCUUAGGUUCUGGCUCGGACGUGUUACCCGCUGAGCCCCCGGUACCCGCUAACGGUUCGGUUCGGUCCCUUUAACAGAACCGGAGCCAAACCGCCCAGAAGCUAACGGCUAGCUACCGCAGAUGGAGGAGUUUCUGCGGGCCUGCCGGCGGACCUUGCAGGAAAACGUGGGUCCGGCCGGUCCUGGUGUCCAUGUGGUUUUAGGGAAUGAAGCCUGUGAUGUGGACUCUAUGGUGUCCGCCCUCGCCUUCGCCUACUUCCUGUUCAGGACUGCAGGUGGCGACCCGCCGGUUCUGCCCCUGCUCAACAUCCGACAGUCGGAACUGGUGCUGCGAUCAGACAACCUGUUCCUGCUGCGGCGGACGGGUCUGUCUCCAGACCUGCUGCUGUUCAGGGACCAGCUGGACCUCAGAGCUCUGCACACAGCAGGCCGCCUCCGGCUGACCCUGGUGGACCACAACGUCCUGCCGAGUUCAGACGCUGACCUGGAGGGGGCAGUGGUGGAGGUACUCGACCAUCAUCAGCUUGAGAGAAAAGCUUCCCCCAGCUGCCCGGUUACCGUGGAGAUGGUGGGAUCCUGUGCCACCUUGGUAACCGAACGCAUCAUCCAAAAAGCUCCACAGAUCCUGGACCAGCAGCUCGCCCAGCUGCUCUACGCAGCGAUGGUGCUGGACUGCGUCAACAUGGCUCCUGCUGCAGGUAAAGUGACGCCUAAAGACAGUCAGUAUGCUGCUGCGCUGGAGACACGGUUCCCUGCUCUGCCACCGAGGGGCGCUCUGUUCCAGGAGCUGCAGGAGGCAAAGUUUGACGUCUCAGGUCUGAACGUGGAGCAGAUGUUGUUAAAAGACAUGAAAGCCGUUUCAGGAAGUCUCAACAUUGCUGUUCCUGUUCUGUACAUUACCUUGGAGGAGUUCCUGCAGAGGCCUGACCUUGAAGCAGAGCUUUCAGCUUUCUGUCACAAGUUUGGAUACGAUUUGCUGAUCAUGAUGACAAUCUCCUUCACUGAGAGCAAAGAGCCAAUCAGAGAGCUCGGUGUGUUCAGCCACAGCACCACCUGCAGGGAGCAGGUAAGCAAGUUCCUUGAACAGGCCCGCACCCUGGACCUCAACCUCCAUCCAGUCAGCUCCUCCCACCCUCACAUCUCAGCCUAUCACCAAGGGAACAAGCUGGCUUCCAGGAAGAAGCUCCUCCCCAUCGUGAAGGACUUCCUGAGGGAGUGCGAUGGAGACUGUUGCCUUGGAGACGCCGAGGAGGAGUCUUUGGUCCCCCCCACCCCCAUGAACAGUCUGGUUGAGGGCUGUCCUCUGGAUGAAGGCCUGCCGAAGAUCACUGCUGAAGACCUGCAGGACAAAUUCCGCCAAAUGGACUCCGCUGACCUCUGACCUUCUUUCUGUCAGUUUCAGGGCAUCCCUGGUCUCCUCCCAGCAUCCCUGUUGCCGCAGCAGCGUCUAAGGACGGCGAUGGAGGGGCAGAACAUCGGUACUUUUGACAAUAAACCUUUUCAAUCCCAGAGAUCCAGGUGGAAUAAAGCUGGUGCUACAGAACCAGACCAACAGAACUGGGCUUUUCUCAGUGAAAUACGGUGUUACAGCAGAUUCUCAACAGAGCCAGCGUUGAAGGAGCCCAACUGGAUCGUCCCGCAGUCAGUUCAGGAUGUGUUUUCUAAUUUAGAUCAAAAGGACAAUCUAAGCAACCAAAGAGUAGCUGAGGUACGUUCUGUUGGAAACCGUUAAAACUAAAGGCUUGAUUUCACCUUUUUUAUAACCUUUGUGUUGUUUAGAGAGUUUCCACUCGUUUGUGAGAUCCCACCAAGAAAGAUAAGAAAACAGUAUUAUUGAAUAUGCUUAAGCGAUCAAACCUCAACACACCAAUCACCUCUGCUUACGUUAACAAUUGCAUGUCAGUUUUAUCCUCAAUAAACUGCAAACGUAAAAGUCUGUCUGAACAGUUCCUUCACAGCAAGUCUGUAUGAAUCCCUUCAGAAUAAAAGUCUGUCUUAGAAGUUCCUUCACAGCAAGUCUGUAUGAAUCCCUUCAGAAUAAAAGUCUGUCUUAGAAGUUCCUUCACAGUAAAUCAGUAUGAGUUCCUUCAGAAUAAAAGUGUCUUGGCAGUACCUUCACAGUACAUCUGUAUAAGUUCCUUCAAAAUAAGUGUCUGAGCAGUUCCUUCACAGUAAAUCAGUAUGAGUUCCUUCAGAAUAAAAGUGUCUGGGCAGUUCCUUCACAGUAAAUCUGUAUAAGUUCCUUCAAAAUAACAAUCUGAAGUUGAUUCACAGCAAAUCUGUAUGAGUUCCUUCAGAAUAAAAGUGUCUGGGGAGUACCUUCA